UUGUCGUCCUACUGUCUUCCCUUUGUUAUUGCUACUAUUUACCUUAUCAUUUCUUCAACCUUGAUCCAUUUUAUGCUUUUUUUUUUUGUUUCUCUUCCUUUGUUCUUGGUGAAUACUAUAGAAACUUAAAAGAGAGAGAAAAAAUGUCAAUGGACUUGACAUCUGAACGUAUCUGGUAUGUGCAGUGCAACAUCUGCAACACCAUUUUAGCGGUUAGUGUUCCAUGCAACAGUGGGUUCAAUCUGGUGACUGUUAGAUGUGGGCAUUGUGCAAAUCUGCUGUCUGUAAAUAUGGGGAACUCUCUUCAAACAGUUCCCAUUCAAGAUGCUCAGGAGUUGCAGAAACAGCAGGUAGCCAUUGAUGAAGAUCAUUCGAAUAAGGAAUGUGGGUCGUCUUCCAAAUGCAACAAGUUUUCUGCAGAGCAUGAACCAACUAGAAUGCCCCCUAUUCGCCCACCUGAGAAGAGGCAACGUGUUCCUUCUGCGUAUAACAGGUUCAUUAAGGAGGAAAUCCAAAGAAUCAAGGCUACUAAUCCAGAUAUCAGCCACAGGGAAGCUUUCAGCACAGCAGCAAAAAAUUGGGCACAUCUUCCUCACAUUCACUUUGGGUUAAAGGAGGAUGGGAACAAGCAAGCAAAAGUUGACCAGGAAUUUGCAGAUCCUCAAAAGUCUAAUGGGUACCACUGAACACACAAUGCCAUCCCUCAUCAUCAUAUGUUUAAUUACUAAAUGUGUGUUGCUUUUCACAUUCUAUCCAUUACAUGCAGUUUCUUUCUACUCUACUGAAUGCAUUUAUAUAUGUUUAAUUCAGAUCAUAUUUUUCAAUUAAACAAACAAUCCCAUGGAAUAAUUGUAUUGUGUAAUUUCUCUUUUAGUAACAAUAAUGGUAAAGUCUCAACCUUUUAUCC